AUGAGUUUGCGAUACAAGUUGACUUUCAUCGAUGUUCAGGAGGACCGUAUCCUCGGUGGCCCAGCACCUCGACGCUCCGCAAGCGUGCCGUGCAGAUUGGAUGACCUUCAGGUGCCUUCAACAGGACUGAUUGAGAAUCGUUAUCUCGUCGAGCUGACUCAGCGGCUUCAUCAAGGGUUGCAACCCACACCGAUUCAGCCGCCAGCACCCGUGCAGCACGUUGCGAUGGGUCCCAAUCAGAUGGACGAGCCAAACGGACAGCCCUUGGCACGACCUCUCCCAGACUUCCUGCAGCAGUGCAUGUCGGCGGUCUUCGUGCUAAAGCGAUCCCUAGACGCUUGCAACGAGGCAUUCCAGCGUGUGUGGCUACGUUGA